GCACAACAUUAAAAAUGGCUACCAGAAGAUUGCUUUUCUGUCGAAAAUACCUCCAACAAAUCACACAUUCACUCCCUCUUCGACCGAACCCAUCUACGCUAGAUACCUUCUUGCGAUCAAGAGCUCAACUGCAACACAAACCUGGAAAUUCUGUAAACCAGAUAAGGUGCUUAUCAAACGCAGCAGAAUAUUCUACAACAGCAAAUGAAAAUUCGCCCAAUGCAUCAAUUCAAGAUGACGAUGGGGACAGGAGAGCGGUUUUGCAUUUGAGUGAAAGCUGCGUGAAGCAACUGACAAAGAUUACAAGUGAUGAGAAAGAUGCCAAGAGCUUCUUGCGGGUGAUGGUAGAAGGCGGGGGAUGCUCUGGAUUCCAGUACAUUUUUAAACUUGACACUCAACAAGAGCCAGAUGACAGGGUGUUUGAAAAGAAUGGUGCAAGAGUGGUGGUGGAUGAAGCAUCUCUCGAACUGCUUGAUGGGUCCACUAUAGACUACCAAGAGGAGUUAAUCAGAUCAGCAUUUGCUGUCGUCAAUAAUCCCAAAGCAGAGAUGGGCUGCUCUUGUGGCGUCUCAUUCUCACUCAAAAUCUAAAAUCAGCAAGAUGUAGGAUUCUUGUAAAAAUCUAAAACCCCUUGGUUUUAUGCAGAGAUAUUGUAAAAUUUUAAAAGCAGGGAUCAUGUACAAGAUCUGAAAUACCAAGGAGAUGUAGAAGAAAGAGAGGCAGAGGAUUUCUUUGAGUGCAGGACCAAAUACUAGGUUGUGUACUUUUUUUGAGAAAAGUCAAACUUUUUCAUUCUCUUUGUAAGAGCAGCCCAAUUUUGAAAUGUCUUGCAUCAAGCCAGGGGCAUGGUUUUAAUUAAGGGUGGCCAGAUUCAUUGUUUUUUUGUGGAUUUCCUUAUGUACUUCCUCAUAUUUUUAUAUGCAAGCCACGGCAACGGCAAAUGUUGCACUUUUCUAGUUACUAGCUUGCUAAUCAAGCUAUGAGCUUUUGUCACCAUGUCUGUUACUUCUCCAUUGUUUGUUAGUUACCUUGCAAUAACCCUUUUUUGCUGCUCAACCAAAUAUUGAUGGAUUAUCCUGCAAUUAUGUGAAUUAAUAUUAAAGCAGCAAUGUCACCAUUCUUUUUAGUUAGUUGAGGUUUCCAGCAGCCCUCCAGAAGUAAACUGGUACAAUAGAGGACUUGUGCUAAGAGAUCACAUGACCUUUCUGGGUGUCAAAUUCAAAACAAAAUAAUCAAACAAAAUAAAUAAAAAAUGACUGCGCCAUAACACCAGAAAACUUUUUUUUUAAAUAAAACUAAAGCCUUUUUGGAAAAAAACGAAUUCUGACUUUUUAGUAAGGGCUAAAUAAUUUGCUUUUUGUUGCUGUUACUAUGCUGCUAAAAGCCAGGGCACGCACUAGUUUGCCAACCAAACAGUCACAUGAUCUCUGCCCCCUAGUGGCACUUAAAAUGCCUAUGUGAGCCAAAAACACCAAUUUUCCCGGUUUUUUUUUUUUUCCUUUUACAAAAGCAACUGGGGAAAACUCUGGUUUGUGCCUCCAAUGUAUAUUACGAGUCUAAACCUUUAUUUUUAAACAUUAAACAAAUAAACUUACAGUAAGUAACAUGA